AUAUUAAAGAAAAAGAAGUAUGUGUAUCAAAGAAGCUGCAAAACUCCAGUUGCAUUUAGUUGGAAAAACAUUUGCGCAUGAAAACCUCCAGUGAUCUGUCAGUGAAAUAAAUGUGUUGCAUAUCUUCUCAUAUCAUUAGUAAACACUACACCAGCAUCGUUUUCCACACUAUAAAAGACAGAAAUGAUCACAAAAUCACAUAAUGAAAUAAAACACCACUAAUGUGAGCACUGCGGAAACAAAAACAUACAGACAAUAAGUGUGAUCCUGUGGGUUUCACUUCAUUUUGAGGUUUGACUUUGACUUCAUACGAACAGAACACUUCCUGUGUAAGAGUCUUUUACACAGACGGAGAGAGAGUUGACAAUUUUCAGACAGGUCCGGAUCUUUUUGUCUUUUUGAACAGACAGCUUGACCGUUGAUACAUUCUACAUCAGAUAUUUAUCAACCUAGAGUAGUAACAAGAAGGAAAACAGUUCACUCAUCUGAAAUUACAAGAACACACAUGGAUUUCCGGGUCGUCUUUGCCAUCCUGCUAUUGUCUGUAGCUACUGUGAAAGCUCAAGGAGAUGUGUCAUUCUGGGGUGCAACUGUCACAAUGACCUGUCCAGGCAGCGGGAGUUGGCACAUGAAAGGAAAAAGUGAACCAUUGGCAGAAAACACAGAUAAACUUGAAAUGAAGUAUGCUGGCAACCAAGAUAUUUACUGUCAAUAUGGGGAUGACAGCAACGCUCAAGUCAAGUAUUACUUCUAUAUACAAGGAAAGGCAUGUGAAACCUGUUUUGAAGUGGACGCCCUUUUGUUUCUGGUGGUCAUCGUUGUGGACUUGCUUGGGACAAUAGGGUUAAUGUUGGUAAUCUACAGCUGCACUAAGAAGAGAAGCUCAGCUGGACCUGCUCCCACUUCCAAACCACCUGCCCGCUCUAGAGGCCAGGGUCCACCCGUCCCAUCUCCCGACUAUGAGCAACUGAACCCUCUCACUCGCACAGCGGACACGUAUUCUGCUGUCAACCGGAUGGGAUAGAGGUGGAGGCGGGUCACCUGGAUGACAGCGGCAGGUCACAGGUUAAAAUGCAGAUGGAUGUUGGCAAACAUUCACAGAGGACGUACAUGAACAUCAGCGUUCAUGUAUGUCUCAGUGUUAUGGAAAUGCUGGCUUUUGCUCUUUUGUAUUUGGAAGGUUUGAGCAGGAAAAAACAGUUACUUUACCUUUCCAUAUUUUUGCUUGUCAAGAGCAAUGACUGCAUUAUCAUUCCUGUAUUUUAUUAUCAUGCUUGUAUUUUUAGGAUUUUUUUUUUUUACUUGAUGUGGCAGGAGAUGUAGUAGAAACAUAUCUUUAAACACAAGCUGAAAGCCAUUUUGUUUUAUAGAGUAAAUGAUAGAUACGUGUAUAUUAUGGUAUUAGGAUAUUAUGGUAUUUUGUUUUUUAUUAUAAAUUGGGUGUAAGAAUGCUGUUUCAUCUGUAAUAGCUUCUUCAAUGAAUAUCUUUGACGUUGCGAUUUAACCCUUUAAGACCUAUCUUUUGGCUACUUCUAAAAGAAUCUAACCUUUCUUGCGUUAUUUAGCAUAAUUUAUUAUUUCAUUUUUCAGUGAAAAGCAAAUAUUUUACCAUAAAGUACUUUAUUUACUGACCAUGUAGAUCAGGGGUGUCACAAUCAUUUUCUUCUAGGGGCCACAUUCAGCUCAAUUUAAUCUGAAGUGGGCCGGACCAGUAAAAUAAUAGCAUGAUAUCCAAUAAACAAUGACA